AUGAUGAAUCAAGCUGCUGAUUUGAACACUCAGAGAAAUGACCUGCAGAUUGAAAGAAUAGAAAGAAGGUCAAUGAUGAUAAUGCUGCUACACCUGUAUGCUACAAUACUGAGCAAGUCUUCUAAUGAUGCUCAUGAUGACCGCCAAUAUCGACGCCAAAACGAUGGAAAUACCGAUAACGAUGCCAGGCCCCAGUGCCUAUAUGAUGCCAGGCCCCAGUGCCUAUAUGAUGCCAGGCCCCAGUGCCUACGAUGCCAGGCCCCAGUGCCUACGAUGCCAGGCCCCAGUGCCUAUAUGAUGCCAGGCCACAGUGCCUACGAUGCCAGGCCCCAGUGCCUAUAUGAUGCCGGGCCACCGAUUGCCCAUAUGAUGACCUAUGCCGAUGACCUAUGCCGAUGA